ACUGCCUCCUAGGGUGUUAGGAUUAAACGCAGGUACGUGCGUGGUGUGCGCCUGUCACCCAGCAGGCCCUCGUGCUAGCUGUCAUGUCGUUCCCCCUUAAUCAUGUCUCUGUUCUUGCAUCCCGUGUCACACCUCAGAGUACCUCUUGAAUACUGGUUAACUGCUCAAAACUGGUAAGUCCCUGAUACUUGAUUUACUGCUUUAGAAGUAGUAAAUUGUGUACAGAUAGGGUUCCAUUCAGCUGUGGCAUAAAACCUUGCACAAGUUGUCAAAUAGUGGAAAGUAGAAUUUUCUGUUAUUACGUUAUUAAACAUUCAUUCCUUCUGCAUGUUUCUCAGGCAGCUCCAUGCUGAGCUCAGGACUGCCAGGUGUCAGCCAUGAAGUGUGCCCAGGGUGGACGUCCAGGAACCCUUGGGCCGCAGAGAGGACAGGACAUGUCCUUGCGGUGCAAGCAGAGGGGGAGGAGCACACGGCCCUGGGAUGCUGCUUGCAGGCAGGGCGCUCCCAGGACCAUGUGUGUGUGUGUCUCUGUGUGUGUGUGUGUUAGUGAGCUAAAAAAUGUGUGUCAGUGAUGCAGUGUAGCCAACUGCAGAUGGUGCUAAAAAUGGAAAAGGCCAGUGUGGGUUGGUGUUAGGAAUUUAGAGAAUGUAUAGCAUGUCCACGAGGUCAGGGGAGUAUGUUCCGUGGGUGGGAAACUUGAUGUGUGUUAUGUGGUAGAACAAGACUGGGUCUAACCAGAAAAGGUGAUUUACGCGAGUAUUAGAAUAGGAAAGAAAAUAAAGAUGUGAGUUAAAAAAAGAGAGAACAGAUUGAAAAGGUGUAACUGCUGAGAAGGGCAGUGGUGUCUGUGAGGUGCGGAGCGUCUUCUGCGUUGCUGUGCUCAAGGCAGCCGUCGUUUCUGCCUGUUCCCCAUGAUACUCUGAUCACCUCGUGCUGUACCGGGCACUUAGUGAGAAUUUCAGAAGUAUUUGUUGGAGAGAUGGGUGGAUGUGCAGAAGCAGAGACCAGAAAUGAGCUGGAAGUAGCCUGAAGAGUAAGUGCUUCUUGAGAAUGAUAUUCUUGAAGGAGAAGGGGGACCCUAUUCUUUGCCCUAUCCAGUACUUUACUUAAAAGGACUCCAGAUAGGCCCUCACUUAGGUGCCUGGUUUUGUGGGCAUGAAGUUUAUUGCCCGCGCCUCCUAGGUAUGAACAGAGUAUAUUUUGUAGUUUUAAUCCACAUCAGUCUCUACACUCAAAUUUCAGAAAUCAUUUCGUUUUUCACUACAAACUUUAAUCGCCCCAACUAGGGUGAAUUUGUUCUUUUUUAGGAAUGUUAACCCACAUGUUUCCUUCUUGGCUCAUCAUGGUGCCCCUGACCUUGGAGACGGCAUCUCUGGGGUCAUGCAGUGAGGCUGCUCCCAGUUUGGAGCUCCUGCCUGGCACUACCUGGGGGCUUCUGGGACCUGGAACCUUGUCUCUCCCUUUGGAAGCUCUGGCCCCUGCACAGUGGUGUUAAGGCUUAUGGUGCCUGGGAAAAGGCAGAUCGUUUGGCUAGGCUUUGCUCAAGAAUCAUGGCAGUAGAACUGGAGUUAGUUUGGGGGGGCAGCUGUCCCCGGGACGUCAACUUUCUUUUAGAUUUUGGGAGCCACUCAAGGUUUGUAAGCAGGAGAGGAAAAAUCCAGGGGUGGUUGUGGGUUUAGUAGAGUGUGCCAGGGAAGACCUCAGCAAUCCGCAAGGGGUGUGAAGGCGUGAGCCAGCCGUGCGGAUGUCUGGGAGUGUUCUGGUCAAAUGGAGCCGGGCAAGCAGAAGGGCCCGGUGUGUCCAGAACAGCGAGGAGGCCGAGUAACUGGAAAUGAGCACAGAGAGUGGCCGCACCAGGCACCUCUCCGACAGACUUUCAUUUUCUGCAGCCUUUACUUCUGUACCAACGGCCAAGGUUUCAGAGCUAAACCCUAAUGCAAAAGUAUGGGGGACUCCUGUGUUACACUUGGAAGCAAGUAGUGCAGCGGAUGGCAGUGUGAGCGCAGCCUGGGAGGCGACGCCCGACCGUGGCCAGGAGGGAUUGGACACCAAUGGUGAUGGUGACAAAAGUCAUGAGAAUGCUGCACUGUCAGAUUUACCGGAGUCAGACCAGACAGCCAUGAGCACUUUGGGUCUGGACCACUCAGAGUAUGAAUCACCGCCUGAAAAUAGCGAGACGGGAGGAAAUGAAUCUCAACCAGAAAGCCAGGAAGACCCCCGGGAAGUACUUAAAAAAACAUUGGAAUUCUGCUUGUCUAGGGAGAACCUUGCUAGUGACAUGUACCUUAUAUCGCAGAUGGACAGUGAUCAGUACGUGCCAAUCACCACGGUAGCUAACCUGGACCACAUCAAGAAGCUCAGCACCGACAUGGACCUGAUUGUCGAGGUGCUGAGGUCUUUACCUUUAGUCCAAGUGGAUGAGAAGGGAGAAAAAGUAAGGCCAAAUCAGAAUCGUUGCAUAGUAAUAUUACGUGAAAUACCUGAAUCCACCCCUAUAGAAGAAGUAGAAGCACUAUUUAAAGGAGAUAACUUACCGAGAUUUAUAAACUGUGAAUUUGCCUAUAAUGAUAAUUGGUUUAUUACAUUUGAAACAGAAGCAGAUGCACAACAGGCUUACAAAUAUCUGCGAGAAGAAGUCAAAACUUUUCAAGGAAAACCAAUUAAGGCACGGAUAAAAGCGAAGGCAAUUGCUAUAAACACAUUUUUGCCAAAGAAUGGCUUUAGACCUCUGGACAUGAGCCUGUACACGCAGCAGCGCUACACCGCAUCGUUUUACUUACCUCCGGUCUACAGCCCCCAGCAGCAGUUUCCUCUGUACAGCCUGAUCGCCCCCCAGACAUGGUCAGCGACACAUAGCUAUCUUGAUCCGCCCUUGGUAACACCAUUUCCAAAUACUGGAUUUAUAAAUGGGUUCACGUCUCCAGCCUUCAAACCUGCAGCAUCUCCUCUGACUUCACUCAGACAGUACCCUCCAAGGAGCAGGAAUCCUAGUAAAUCUCAUCUGCGCCAUGCCAUUCCCAGUGCAGAGAGAGGGCCCGGGCUGUUAGAAAGUCCUUCAAUAUUUAACUUCACUGCGGACCGGUUGAUGAACGGUGUGCGGAGCCCACAAACAAGGCAGACAGGUCAGCCUCGAGCUCGGCUACAGAACCCUCCAGUCUACGCCAAGAGAGACGCGGGGCCCGGGCGGGUGGAACAGAGCAGCCUCGAGUCCUCUCCGGGCUUAGGUAGAGGAAGAAAAAACUCCUUUGGUUACCGGAAGAAACGGGAGGAGAAGUUCACAAGGAGUCAGACUCAGUCUCCAACACCGCCCAGGCCGCCCUCCCCGAGCUUUGAAUUAGGCCUCUCCAGCUUCCCCCCACUGCCUGGGGCGGCGGGGCAUUUGAAGACGGAGGACUUGUUUGAGAACAGGCUGUCUGGCUUGCUCACAGGAUCGUCCAAAGAAAGGAGCCUGAAUGCAGACGCAAGCACGAACACUCUACCCGCGGUGCCCCCCCGAGAGCCCUCAGUGCCCUGUGCCGUGUCCGCAGCCUGCGAGCGUGCCCCCUCCCCUGCCCACCCGCCCGAGGAUCCCAAGGUGGUGGAGAAGCAGAAGGAGACCCCGAGUGUGGACAGACCUCCUCCCACCCUGAGCACGACUGCGAGUAAAUCGGUGCAGGUGGACGGCGCCAUCUCGGAAUUGCGAAAACCCAGCUACGCAGAGAUUUGUCAGAGGACGAAUAGAGAGCCGCCAUCUUCCCCGUUGCAGCCCCAGAAAGAACAAAAGCCAAACACUGUUGGUUGUGGGAAGGAAGAAAAGAAGCUCGCCGAGAGAGAGCCCCCUGCCCCCAAGUCCAGCCCAGGACCACCCAAAGACCAGAGGAGACCGCCAGGCCGCCGGCCCUCUCCCCCAGCCUCGGGGCGGCGUCUGCACAGAGAACAGAGCCCCCCGCCCAGGUCCCCUCAGUGAGCGCUGAGGUCUGGGAGGGCUUCAAGGAGCUGAGGUCGCCACAACUAAGCACUGUCCUGCUCGGGGUGUGAGUGAGCCGCUGGUUAGGAGCUUGCAGUGUAGAUGAGGCCCACAAGGUGCCUGCAAGUUAUUUUUCUUCUGAGUCGGAUUUCCCCCCUCUUGAAAAAAAUCUAUUUUUCAGGAUUUAAUUAAUAUAAACCUUAUUUUAGGUUGGUGCUUAACUGGAGGUGAUGCAUAAGUCUGAUUUUUUUCAGGAUAGAAAAUGCAUUUAUCCUAACAAAUUGAUAUUUUUUAUUAAGCCUCCAUGUGGCUAUGAAUGCAAGCUAUAUAUAUAUAUAGUGAGUUUUUCUAAAUUAAGCGGAACUAUGCUACUUCAUUUUUUAAAAUAACUGGUUAGCAAGUGUGUAUCUCUGAGAUGUCCAGACCGCCGGGUGAGGCUGAGGACCGUGGGAUUGAGGGCACAAGGCGAUGCUAUGAGUGUAGCCUGGGGAAGGGACGGGGUCCAAUGGCGCCACACGCUGGCCUGGGAGUUGUCCUUUCAUUCAGAAGCCUAAGAAGUGGUUCUAGCAUUUUUAAAGUAGAGCCCAUUUUUGGUCCACUGGGCAGAGUAACCCUGCAGAGCACCGAGAGUCCUGAUGUCCUGCCAGCAAGUAACCAGCUCCUCACUCCAGUCUCAAGUGGCUGUUAUGUAAGAUAAACUCAAAGCACAUUGUGAAUAGAACUUAAAUGAAAUAUAAACUUUGUUGCCCACUGACAUGUUACCACGAAAUUAUACCCUGAUGUUUUGCUCCCGAGAGCAGGUGGGGAGGGCAUGGAGCCCGGCUCCCUCGUCUGCCCCAGUCGGCCCCACCUUACCCCUCCCGGGGUGCCUUUCCGAACCUCUGCGCACAGCACACAGAUCGUGGGAGAAGGUGUUUGUGGUGCCCUCUGGUGUUGGAGGAUCCAAGUUCCCUCUCUCUUUACCUCCAAGACAGGGUCUGUGAUCCCUUCUCUAAGUGCUGCUCUCCAAGAACACGCAUGCACUAAAGCUAGCAGUUGAUAAUAAACAUAAAUUAUUUUGUUUUAAAAUGCCUAAAUUUUUUCUUUAAGUAUUCUAAGCAGCAGACAUUAAAAUAAGACUAUUUCCUGCUAAAUGUAACCAUACAGUUUAUUCCACAAAAUGUUAUUUAACAAGACUAAGGUUUUUUCUUUUUAAAAAAGAGAUUAUUUCCAUCCAAUAUUUAAAGACUUGAAUUUUAUUUAAACUUGAAAAUGACUUUGCCUUAACUUUUGUAUAUGACAGCUUAGAGUUCCUGAGACCGGCCUGUGUUGGCGUGAGUGGGGUCUGCUGUCACGGUGUUACUGGGUAAGCACUGUAGGAAGAGCAAGCAGUCAUGUUUGUAAUUUACCUGGAAGAUCUUACACAGUUGAUCUUUUUUCAGACUGUUGAAAAAUCCUGUAAAUGCAAAUAGUCGAUACUGUAUUAAAUAUGUGCACUUGGGCGUGUGUGCUUCGCUUGUACAGUUGUAAAUAAUCAGAACAUAUUAAAAAGGUACCCUAAAGAGAAAAAGCUGAUAAAAAUUGAUAUAUUAUAAAUGUUGCUAUUGACCUGGAUGUAGAUAAACUCAAUGUUGUGGUUUGAAUAUUAUUUUAAUUUGUUGAGGUUUUUUCUUUUUCUCUUAUACUGGUGUGCUGAACUGAUUCUGCCUCUUUGCUGCUGUGAAAGGGAGAUGGAAAGUCUUACUAAAACGUUCGAAUAUUUUCAUGCUCUUCUUAAACAUAUGUAAGUAUGUACUAAUCACAGCUAACGUUGAAAGGGUUUUUGAGGUAUAAUCUGGAAAGUGGAAACUGGCAGGGUCUUCAAGUGAAAGUAAAAAAUAAUCUUCUUAAAAUUAUAAAUAGCUAAUAGGCAUGAUCUGCCUGCCAGAGGAAAACAAGCCCAUCUCCUUCAGAGCAGCGUCUUUAUUCAAAUACCUAGACACCCACACAGCGCUCAUAUUUGCAAAUGCCUGUAAAAGGAACAGGGGAAUUUAUUUCUUUGUAGUUUUGAAAUUGCUGACUGAAAAAAUCAGAAAUAAUUGACCUCUUACACCCAAACCAAUGAGUACUGUAGAAAGAGCUGGAAAGGCCAGCUCUGAGCCCCCGGGAUCCCAUGAAAUGGCGGUCUCUGCCGGAGGAAGGAGCGAUGCUGUCAGCACCAUCCCCGAAUCCCAAACCCUGUGCAGCCCAGACACUGGUUUUUAAUAGUGGCAGAUCCUUUCCCUGGAGGCAGGUGUGUGGGGCCAGCCGUGCUGUCCGCCAUUUGUGUGACCAGGGUGGAGCUGUGCGUGCAGCUGGGAUGAAGGUGACCAUGACAGCAGCCGGGACCAGCCAGGUGACAUGGCCGGCCGGGCACAUGAGGCCUACGCUCCCGCAGCCGAGUUAAGACUUCACUCUGAUGUGAUUUUUAUAGCAUUCUUUUUAAUUAAGCAAGGGCGAUACGCCAAAGAGCUAUAUAAUGUCCCCCAAUCUCCACCUUUCUGAUAUUCGUGAGGUUUUCCACUCACAGAAAAGCACAGGGGGUGCACAGCGGGAAGCUGUGGCGCCAGCCCACGGGCAGCCCCGCCAUGCACAGCCGGUGUCUGGCUUCGUCCGUGUAAAAUGUAACUCUUUCCUUUCCCCUGGCAGUACCUCAAGGUACAGAGUCAGAGACACAGCAUCACAAAUGGCAUUUUAACUUGGACAAUUGUGUGAUGAUACUUGUCAUUUGGAGAGAUAAGAAUGAGAACCCAGCCCCGUUUCACCAGACAUGAAUUCAAGAAGAGUCGUUGCUUUUUAAGAGUCCGUGUCAUGAUGUUUCUGAUCAGGCCCUCUUGUAACUGCAUCACUGGUUGUUACUAGUGGUGGCAAGAAACCUGUCAAGUUGCCACGUGGUCAGGGCCACCACGGUGCCGUGUGGAGGCCAGUUUGGGGCCUCACGGCCCUCGGGGACAGGUAUGGCCCGUGUCUGCAUCUGCGUCCGCGGGGAGCGGCGGACAAUCGGCCUGAAGGAGCGGCCACGGCACCAGCUCGCAGGAGGGCAGUGACGCGGACGCCUCGCCAGGGCUUCUGUUUCUGUUCUAUUUCUUUUCAUUAAGACUGGAAUCAAGCUUAUGUGUAAACUAUUGGUAAUUUAAGUUUCCUUUGUGUCAUUCAGUGUAAAACUGUCUAAUUUGAAAAAAUGUAGGUUAUGAAAAAUAAAGAUUUAGGCACUGUU